CUCACAGACAAGUCUGCCUGUUGAAGGCAGGCCCUCCACUAGGAGUGAGGUCAUCACAGAAAAACCUGCCUCUUCCUCAGUGUCUGAUGAGCUCAUGACUGAGUCUACUGAGUCUCCAUCCUGCAACAAAGAGGAUGAUCAAACCACAGAGCCCCUGCCUUUACACAACAUAGAUGAAUCACCCAGCACUAUCACUGUCACUGAGAUUCCUCCACCAAAACCAGAAAAUACCACUGCGGGGAAAACAACACCCAGUCUAUGCACCUCAGAGGCCUUGCAUUCUGAGUCUAUGGAGGAGGCUAAGACCAUGAAGGACCCUCCUCAAAUAACACACAUCCCAGUUGUAGUGAUAGAGACUGCCUCAGCCUCGGUAGGAACUGGGAUGGCUCUAUCAGAAGAGAGUAUGGAUAAUCAGAGCAAAGAUGAGAAGCUUCAGUCUCAAGAUGUGACUUUAAAAAUAGAGCCUGUGUCACAGCAAGUUACAGAGAGCACCACUGCAGUCCACUCUGACGAAAAGUCUACCCAGCACAAGGACCAAACUGUCUCAGAGAGCGACAAACAACAGGAUACUCCUAAAUCGAGGCCUGUCUCUGAACUUAUAAAGGAGAAUAUUCUACUACAAGAAAAGCUGAAGCAUCCGGAUUUGACAAAGUCAUUGGAAGCAAAACCUGAUGGAGUUUCGGAGCAAGCCCAGUCUGUGAAGGUGGCUCAAAUUUUGGCGGCUUUUGACUCCCCCAAGAAAUCCCCAGAGAAGGCACUGGAGAGGAAACCAUCUGUGAGAAAAGAUAUGUUCAGGCGAGUUGUGCGAGCGAGCAAAUUCCGUCAUGUCUUUGGCCAGGCGUUGAAGAAUGACCAGUGCUACGACGACAUCAGAGUGUCGCGGGUCACAUGGGACAGCUCGUUCUGCGCCGUCAACCCCAAGUUUGUCGCCAUCAUCAUAGAGGCCAGCGGGGGCGGGGCCUUCCUGGUCCUCCCUCUUAACAAGUCGGGCCGCAUUGACAAGGCCUACCCCACAGUGUGUGGUCACACGGGCCCUGUGCUGGACAUCGACUGGUGCCCCCACAAUGACCAGGUCAUCGCCAGUGGCUCGGAGGACUGCACAGUUAUGGUGUGGCAGAUCCCUGAGAACGGACUGGUUACUGGCCUGUCUGAGCCUGUUGUGGUCCUGGAGGGACAUUCCAAAAGAGUUGGCAUCAUCACAUGGCACCCCACGGCACGCAACGUCCUGCUCAGUGCUGGCUGUGACAACCUGAUCAUCAUCUGGAACGUGGGGACGGGCGAGGCCAUGAUUCAGCUGGAGGAAAUGCACCCUGAUGUCAUCUUCAGCGCCUGCUGGAACCGCAACGGCAGCCUCAUCUGCACCGCCUGCAAGGACAAGACCAUCCGUGUCAUCGACCCCCGCAAGGAGGAGAUCGUAGGGGAGAAGGAAAAGGCACACGAGGGGGCGCGGCCGAUGAGGGCCAUCUUCCUGGCGGACGGGAACGUGUUCACCACAGGCUUCAGCCGUAUGAGUGAGCGACAGCUAGCCCUGUGGAACCCGCAAGCCAUGGACGAGGCAAUCUCAGUGCAUGAGAUGGACACCAGCAAUGGAGUUCUCUUGCCCUUCUAUGACCCAGACACCAAUGUGGUUUAUCUGUGUGGUAAGGGUGACAGCAGCAUCCGCUACUUUGAGAUCACAGACGAGGCCCCAUUUGUCCACUACCUCAACACCUUCACCACCAAGGAGCCCCAGAGGGGGAUGGGAUACAUGCCCAAGAGAGGUCUGGACGUCAACAAGUGUGAGAUCGCCAGGUUUUAUAAACUGCACGAAAGGAAGUGUGAACCGAUCAUCAUGACUGUGCCCAGAAAGUCUGACCUGUUCCAGGACGACCUGUACCCAGACACGGCAGGACCAGACUGUGCCAUCGAGGCGGAGGAUUGGUUCGAGGGGAAGAACGGCGAGCCCAUCCUCAUAUCCCUGAAGAACGGCUACGUCCCUGGCAAGAACCGCGACCUCAAGGUGGUCAAGAAGAACAUCCUGGACAACAAGCUGAGCAAGAACGCGGAGAAAAGGGGCCCAGCCAACAAGUCUGCCUCGCCCACUCCAUCCAGAAAAAACGAAGCCAAGCUGGAUGAGGUCUUGAAAGAAAUCAAAUCCCUCAAGGACCUGGUCAGCAGUCAGGAGAAGCGAAUCAUCCAACUCGAGGAGCAGAUGUCCAAGAUCGCCAUUUAAGGACCCUCCCGCCAAAGUUCAGGACGAUCCAUUGGCUAGGAGGUGGGCGGGACCCGUCACUGCCAAUCUCAAUGACAGCGUUCCGCCUGAAACCUGCCUAGCAACAAUCCCAAGCAACAUUCCGAGAUUAACUUUUCUUAGUCAGCCCCUAACCCUCAGUUAACAUUAUGGAAUAAGAGAGAAAUAUGGCAAACUAUUCCAUUCCUAUUAAUAAGUGGCAGUUUAGUCUUGUUUAUUGAAUGAAAAAGUCUUACAUAUUCUUUUUGCUUUUAAGAUUGUGACCAAGAAAAUUCCAAUGUGAAACGUUCCUAUUUGGGUAAACCCAAAUGUUUUAUAUGUAGGUAGCAGUAUUUUGUCUCCCCCAUAUCCCAACUUCUUAUGUUGCCAAAUUUUAAAGGAGUUUUGUUUACACACCUCCUUGACAGUAUUUCUUUUUCUUUUUUCUCUCUUUGUUUUCCGGGAAGAUUCAAAAUACAAACUAUAAGGGACAAUGCAAUAGGCUGGUAAUGCAAGGGGGGGAGAUUUAAACAAUCAAACAAUUACUGUAAAAGACAAUGGAGGAGAACUAACUCAUGAGAAACUGACUGACCAUCAAACACUCGAUCCUGAUGUAUCACAGUAAUUCUGUUGUCUUUGAUGCCUAAAAACUCUGAGGUGUAAAAGUGGUGGCGUGAUUCUGGCUGUAAGUGUGAAGGUUCUCGCUCUCCUGCCUGGCUUUUCUGAACCUCUAAAUCCUUCCCUCUCCUCCCAUCUUAGUGGACUAGAUUGUAACGGGACCGCUGUCUUUACACUUGCUAACAUCUCCUGACCCUGACCAGAGUUAAUACAUUCAUAGAUAUUCUACUCAAGAGAUUCAUUCUCCACUGUUCUUUCUCCAUCUUUGAUCUCUUACUCUCUAGCUUGUUUUACUAAGCAAGCAGCAAACAUGCAGUCCUUACAUAUCAUUUGAUACCUGGUAUAACUUAUGUAUGCAACUUGAACAACGUUUUGAUAAUCUCCAUCAAUUUUGUGUCCCAGGAACAGAAAGGGUUAUCAGUGGACUCCCCUUAGCUUUGUAGAUGAAAACGACAGGUGAGAUGUCACCCUGCACAUUGUACUUCUCGUAGCCUUAGAUUUUCCCUUAAACUGGUUUGUUUGGAGUUGUUUACAAUGCACGUGCCCCAAUCCAAAAAUCCUUUUGAAUCAUUUAGGUGACCUCUGCGAUCAACAUUGUUAGCGUUUGAGUCUUAUGAAACUGAAAUGUGCCAUAGUUUGCCAAUAUGUUCCUUGUUUGUUUGUUAGUAUGUCCCACUCUGGCCCUGUGACACAGAUGGUAGGUAUGUACUAUAAUAAGCUCUGCACUGUAAGUCACAGUGCUGCUGCUGACACAUGAUAUGCAGUCACCUGGGUGGCUUGUACGGGUUCUUGUGGCAAUGUCCUGUGUGCUGCCCAGAGAAGGACCAAUGGAAUUGUGGGUUACCAGGCUGGUAAACAUUCCCACAGACUUUUAGCAGUGUAUCAGCCUUGUUCUGCCUCUGAGGUGUUUGUGUGUAAUCUGUGCUGUCAUAAACCCCAAUGUUGAACCAUGCCCUUGUGUUCAAAUCAACUUCAAAUGUAUUGAUCACAUACACAUUUAGCAGAUGUUAUUGCGGGUGUAGCGAAAUGCUGUGUUUGCCAGGAUGCUCACUAUUCACCACCUCAUUGGCCCAUAUCCAUACAGCCAACCAGAGGGUGAGUGACCGGGAUGUGUCUGAAACAAUAACAAUUUUGACUGUUUUGAUCAUGGUUGACAAGAUGUAACGUGGAGAUGUGUGAAUAUGUCUUUGGCCUGGUUGGAGUUGUAGAGGAUGCACCUUUUUAUGAGUUUUGUUUUUGUUUUCCCAGAUAGAAAAUGUGAGGAGGAUUUUAGAUAUUAUAUGGGUUCACCGUAGGGUGUGACCAAGGUUCUGGCCUAUGAUAACAGAAUUGGAUGGUGUGGUGGUGAUAGUAGUUUAUAUACUGUGUGUUUUAGCCUGUGCUUCCUUCUCCGGCUCUCCCGUUGCAGAUAUCCCACUAUGUGUACUUCCUUAUCAGGAUUUUUAAUAGUUUCCCCUUAAAUACUCAGUCACAUCACUAGAGAAUCAGAGGAACAAGGAGUUGUUUGGAUCGUCCGAAUAUUUGAUGGUGUUGCCAACUGCGAUAUUAGUUCUGUUGUCAUGCUAUUUUUGUUAUGCUUAUUUUACAGCGGAAGGGUGGGUUAGGUUUAACUUUCAGAGUUUGUUAGCCUUUAAAGUUUGUUACCACUGAAGAGAUCAGAAAGUGCCAUAUAGUUGUGCACAGGAAGUGCUUAAUUGAUGACUGCGGUUUGAGAAUGGUGUGAGUUAUUUAGCAGGAGAGAGUGGAUAGGCACCCUGAGUGGAACUUUGACAGUGGGGUGUUGGGCAUAGAAAGCACUGAGAAAUGUAAGUUUAUAUCAAUCAAUCCAUCUUGGCCUCCCAGGAUCUAAGAUUAUAUCCGUGGAUUCAGUUUUACACUAAAUAUGCAUCGUCUGGUGUUCUGUAAUAUUUUAUUGGGGUUGAGAAUUACUUCAAGGUGUUCUACUGAGAUAUGAUAUUGAUCUGUCAGGGGAGGUUGUCUUGGGCCUUGUCCUGUACUGCCCUGUAAGUGCUUCUCCUCAGCCUCCUUGGACCACUCAAGGCAGCGAGAGAUGUGAUGUUUGGAAUAUUAGUGAAUAGCUAUUAAAAGGGACACUGUAGGUUGGAUAAAUAUGCUGUAGAGAGAUAGAUGUAUGUGAUGUUUGAAAUAAAGGCCUAGAAAAUGA